UGCAUCAUCCGCGCGAUCGUACCAUUGUAAACGCGGACGCGUGUGCGCGAUCUUUCGAUCGUCGUUUCACUCUUGAAAGCUCUAUAAGGAAUUGGCUGCAACAACACGCAGAUUGUGUGCUAUUUACAGUAAGGAGGAAACAAAGUGUGUGAGGCCGAAGUAAGGACCAGAAUAAGUAAAAUCAGCUCCGGUACGAGAAACGAAUAGAAAAACUAAACAAAGCACAAACAGGGAAAAUCAAACCGGGCGGAAUGAUUUCAGCCAAGGACAACGAAGAGUAAUAGGAUUUGAAAUCACAUACUGGAAAUUGACGUGUGGGUGGCUUGUGGAGAAAAAACAAAACUCGCAGACUACCUACCGACGGGGUUGGUGCCGCAGCAGCCGUCGAGCGUCCGUCAAUCAGGUAUCAGCACGCGCUCGAGGUCGCCCUCUUCUUCGCUUAAUCGCUCCACAUGCUAUCAAUCAAUCGGACGUCACCAUGAGUCAGUACUACUUUCCGAUCGUUUUGGUGUUUCUAUUGGAACUAUUUCGACUCACUCAGUCUCACCCGUUUGUGUUCACAUCGUCUAGUGGUCAACAACGAAAAGCGCAGGUUGAAUGGCGCCAACCGGACGACGAUUGGAACAUCCAAACAGUUCCACGAAGCGUGCAUCCACUACUCGAAAAUCAGCACAAUGUUCACCGGUUGCCUCCCACCAGCUACGCCGUGAUCGACUCAGAAAAUCACGAUGAUAAGAUCCUGAAGCGCCUGAUGGAGAUCAAAGAGAAUGCUACGGCGAGAACCCUAUUCUCCUACAAUAAAGAAGAAUCGCAUCUACCACCGCUUCUCACUAAAACGAUCAAGUACUUCAAUCUCCAACAAGUAGCGUUCGAACUGGAAACCAGUGUAAUGUCCCAGGUUUCCUGUACGGCCUGCAAAGCCGGCGCUGGACUUCUUCAGCACUACAUUCGAACCGGCAAGAGCAAAGAAGAGAUUAUCAAGACCAUCUACCAGUACUGUGUAAACCUCAAGAUCCAGUCUCCUCGAGUGUGCGAAGGCGUUAGCCAAUUGUUCGGCGUUGAAGUCAUCUACGUCCUGAAACGAGUUACGAUUGGGCCGGAUGAAAUCUGUAGUUUUAUUAUUGGUGAUGCCUGCGAAGACAUCUACAACCCGUAUCACGAGUGGGAAGUUGACUUCCCACCGGUUCCCAAACCGGAAGUCCGUGAAGUUCAACUGCCGUCAGAAGGUGCCCCCGUGUUCAAAGUCCUGCACCUCUCGGAUACCCACUAUGAUCCAUACUACGCCGAAGGCUCAAACGCCGACUGCAACGAACCACUGUGCUGCCGACUGACUAACGGACGACCUACGACUCCAAAUGGAGCAGCCGGAAAGUGGGGUGACUACCGAAAGUGUGAUACUCCUCAACGAACGGUCGAUCACUUGCUGAGUCACAUUGCUGAUACCCACUCGGAUAUUGAUUUCAUCAUCUGGACUGGUGAUCUGCCGCCACAUGACGUCUGGAACCAGACAAAGGAGGAAAAUCUAAAAGUGCUCAAGGAAACGGUCAAACAGAUGGCGGAAAAGUUUCCUGGAAUCCCAAUCUUCCCCGCACUGGGCAACCACGAAAGUGCUCCGGUCAACAGUUUCCCACCGCCGUACGUCCAACAGGUGGACAGCUCGAUCUCCUGGUUGUACGACGAACUGGACAUUCACUGGCGACGAUGGCUACCAGCCAGCGUGUCACACACGGUUCGACGAGGUGCCUUCUACUCGGUCCUGGUUCGCCCCGGCUACCGGAUCAUUUCGAUGAACAUGAACUACUGCAACAACAAGAACUGGUGGUUGCUGCUCAACUCAACGGACCCCGCCACUGAACUUUCAUGGUUCAUCUACGAGCUGCAGAGUGCAGAGUUCGCCAACGAGAAGGUUCACGUCAUCGGGCACAUCCCUCCGGGUCAUUCGGAUUGCCUGAAAGUUUGGAGUAGGAACUACUAUAAAAUUGUGUCACGGUACGAGAACACGAUCGUUGCGCAGUUCUUUGGCCAUACGCACUUUGAUGAGUUUGAGGUGUUCUACGAUCCACAUGAUUUGGGUCGAGCAACGAGUAUAGCGUACAUUGGGCCAUCGGUGACUCCCUACUACGAUCUAAAUCCGGGCUACCGAAUUUACUACAUCGAUGGAGAUCACGACCAAACCACUCGGCUGGUAGUUGACCACGAAUCGUGGAUUAUGAACCUCAAGGAAGCCAACCUGUACGAUUACCCCAUUUGGUAUAAACUGUACUCUACACGGGCGGCCUACGCUAUGCGUGGUCUUCGGCCGGUUGACUGGGACAUUCUAAUUAAUAACAUGACCGACAACAAGGAGCUGUUCGACCUGUAUUACAAACAUUACUGGAAGAAUUCACCGGUUCGGCCAGAGUGCGACUUCGAGUGCCGCAAGCGGAUACUGUGUGACGCCAAGAGCGGCCGCAGCCACGAUCGCAAGUACUUCUGCGAGGGCGUCGAGGCUAAGAUCGACGAAUACAACAAAGGCUGGAAGGACUGGCUGCUUAGUUCGAUCUCCUCUUCAAUAUCCUACGCCCUAUCGGGUUUGACGCGGAUUUUCUGGCGCAAGCGAUGAUCCAGUGGAGUUCCUGUGGAAUAGCAAUACACACACACUGAUUACCGACAACAACUAACCCAUUGGAAGACGCCAGCAUUACCUCCUUAUUGAUAUUAGAAGCGAUUGUAGACCUUACUAUACAAUCUUGAAGCAAACAACAUUCGACCAUCAUCGAUUGCAAGCGCGGGGCGGGAAGGCGAGAAACGACAACAAUACAGCAUGCCAUUGAUACGAAAAGUGUUCAUCGAGUCUCGGACGUAUACCUACUUCGAAGGGAAUCAGACUAGAAGGAUUGUGAUAAGCGUAAAAAAAAUGAAAACGUUCUAGGUUGAUACUAAACUAUAUGCAUAGGGAAGCCUACCGGACAGAUACUGUUGAACAAAUCCCUUGAAACCAGUGUUUUAAACGAGCGAAUACAAAGUCAACUUAAGCAAUGCAUCCAUUCAGUAUGAUUGUAAAUAAAUCAUCUAAAUUUUACCAAAAUAAAUUAUUUAUAUUGUACACUUA